UCCCACGAUGUGUCCCCUGCAGCGUCUCCGGCCGAUGCCAGCAUCCGGCUUCCGUGUUCCGAUCCCUGUGACAUGGGGACGUAAGGGCAUCGGAACCGGCGGCAAAUUUGAAAAUUUUAAAAAAUGUAAUUUUUUUAAAAACGAUUAUUACAUACAUUUCAAAUAUAUUUUGUCCCUACUGCUUUGUCCUGUGCCCUGCCUGCAUUUUGUCUAUUCUUUCUGCCUGGAAACUUAGAAAAGUCCAUGGCGUCCAAAAAGUGUCCCUUUAGGUCAAAAGUGGUUUUAGAGCAGCUAGAGAACAGCGAUAGUAAAUCAGAACCACUUGCAGAAUUGA